GGAGAGGAGGAGGGAGGAGGAGAGGAGGGAGGAGGAGAUGCAGACGGACUAGCACGAAUUCCUCAGCUCUCCUCAAAUUUCUUGUUGAAAUCCCGGACCGUUUUCCCCCGAACCCGCACCGUCCAACACACAGAGCAGCUCCCCCCCGACCUCCGAGCAGACUUCACCAGUGCAGCAAGCUGCCGUUCACAAAAACGAUGUUACGAAGUGUCGCCGUGCUCCUGCUGCUCUCCGUGGCUCUCGCUACCGCCGAGGAGCUGCAGAGCAAGAGCAAAGUGUGUGCCAACGUGUUCUGUGGGGCCGGCAGGGAAUGUGCUGUCACUGAGAAGGGGGAGCCCAGCUGUCUGUGCAUAGAGACCUGUAAGCCCCACAAGAGGUCAGUGUGUGGCAGCAAUGCUAAGACCUACAGGAAUCAUUGUGAGCUCCACAGAGAUGCUUGUCUGACCGGCUUGAAGAUCCAGGUGGCCCAUGAUGGACACUGCCAGGAAAAAAAGACUGAGCAGGCAGCUGCCAGCCCAGUGGUAUGCUACGCUGCCGACCGCAAUGAGCUGAGGAGUCGUGUGAUCCAGUGGUUGCAGACUGAGGUUGUCCCAGACGGCUGGUUUGCCAAAGGAUCCAACUUCUCUGACAUCCUGCUCAAAUACUUCAAGUCUUAUGACAAUGGAGAUUCUCAGCUAGACUCGACAGAGCUCCUCAAAUUCAUCCAGCACAACGAUUCCGUUGUGGAGAUGCAGUCCUACGCUGACCAGGAGAACAACAAGCUGCUCAGGAGCCUGUGUGUUGAUGCCCUCAUCGAGCUUUCUGAUGACAACGCAGACUGGAAGCUGAGCUUCGAUGAGUUCCUUAACUGCCUGAAACCUGGCUUCAAUCCACCAGAGAAGAAAUGUGCCUUGGAGGAUGAGACAUAUGAGGACGGAGCAGAGACCCAGGUGGAGUGCAACCGCUGUGUCUGCGCAUGUGGCAACUGGGUCUGCACUGCGAUGACCUGUGCUGACAAAAUUGCGGCUGUGGAUGAAUCCACAGAUGCUGGAGCAGAGAUGACUGAGGAGGAGUGGAACCUUCGCGUGGCUGAGCUCAACAAGCACCAGGAAACAGUUGAGAAGAUGAAGGCGAGCACAAAGGAGGCCUAAAUAAGGACGCGAUGAGGAAGAGGAUGCACACCUUCACCCUUCUUCUAUACUUGAUUUACCUUGUGGCCAUUCGUUGUUGUUAAAAUGACUUUUUCCAUGUUUCACUGCUAUGUUCAUUUUACAUUUUUAAAUUGUUAAAGUGUCUGUGAUGUUUGUUUAGAUUCAGGGGCUAUCGAGGAGUAUUAUUGGAUUCCCGUGUGUUCAAGUACUGUCAUGUUUGAUUGUAUUACUGUGCCCCUACACUAGCAGCAGGGCUAUUUUUUACGACAAUUCUUAUAUUUUUGCAGUUACCCUAAAACAAACUGUCAUGUUGUCACUGGUUUGGAAUGUGGAAGCCACUGUUUGAGAGAGGUGGUGAGGUCAGGAACUCGGAGAAUCCAGCUGUUUGCUCGACAUCUUGACACCUGGUGCAGCACAUUUCCCAGCGUCCUCAGAGGUUUUAUGGUCAGGAGGUUGGGUGUAGAAGAUGGGAUGAGAGGGUAAAGCGACUAGUGAUUUCUUUCCGUUUUUUCCAUGAUUUUGUUGCCAUUUAGAACUGACACAUGAGGCCACUGCGUGACCGAUGCACUUCUGUCUGUCUCUCCUGGGCUUUAGUUUAUCACAAGCCUGAACUUUGUUUUGUAUCUUAGUGCUAAAGUAAUCUUUUUUUCUUUUUUUUUUUCUGCAGAAACCUUUGCUUCUAUGUACAGUAUGUUAUUGAUUGGAGUUGGAACUCAUCUUGUUCCCAUGUUAUGCUCAAGCAAGUCUCUCCGGUGCUCUUCAGUCAGACUAUUUUUCUCUCCAUGUCAUAUGUUUGUGAGACAUUAUUGGUCCAACGUUCAGGGUGGGGGGGGGGGGGGGGGGCAGAGAAUCUGCAGCCAGGUGAGACCUGAUCUGAAUAUAGCAUGGUGAAAAUUGAAACCAAAGUCGUGAUUAUAUUUUUGAAUGAUGUACAAAAAUCUCCGGGUAACACAUUACUCUGGACCCAGCAACAACACUAUACCUGUGCUUUCAAAAUCACUCUAACAGCAGGACUAGCCUCACUCUAAACUAAAGUAGCUUAGACGCAUCAUUACUGGGUGCAUAUAAAGUGCUUGUGUGUAUGUGUGUGUGUGUGUGUGUGUGAGAGAGAGAUUUUGUGUGAUGCUGAGAGUAGUUUAGUUUGCAUAAUGUUUUUAUUUGUUCAAAUCCUGUUUUCUGAAUUGGUAGGUUUGACAUUAAUAAUCAGUGCCUUAGACCUGCAAACAGUAUAGGUCUCUACCUUUGCCUGCACAAAGGCUAAUGUGCCACGUGGCAGUGUGAGAAUGAGAGCGCUUUGCUGAAGUUUAGCAGUAAACUAUUGUUUUGUGACUCUGUCCCUGAUAAACGGCUGUGCGGAAGUUGCAUUACUAGAUUCAAUCUAAACCUCUGUAUUCCAUUAGAAGUGCAGAGACUGUAAGACUGUAAUAUGUAUGUAUGCCAAUAAAGUCCAUACACCACCA